AUGGCAGGCGAAGGUAACCCCCCCAAGGAAGCGCCUUGCGGUAGCAUAUCGAGUCCAGCCAAGGAGACACAGACGACACAUACCAAUGAUCACCCGCCCGCCGUCUCGACAUCUCAGACUCAGACUGCCCAUGCUUAUAUCGAUAAUCUCUUCCCCGAAGAACUUGCCAAGAGAAGAGAAAAGCUCCGAGAGGUGGUACGGGAAGUCUGGUCUGACCAUACACUUGAAUAUUCAACAAGGAUCCGGGAAGUAGAUCCAUCUGAAUCCAUCCUUGGCCUUGACCGGCGGUCUAACGACGACAUAAUUGUUAAGUUGGAAAUAAUGCCGGUAGAAGAGUGGGAAGCAGAGCAGAUGGCAGAGCGGGAACAGCAGAAAGACGGACAACGGUCGACACAGGGCCACAGGAUUCACUGCCACUUCUGCGGCGUGAGCUUUAACAUUUGCCGCAGUCGUGCACCGGGGGAGCCAGACUGGGCGAAGUGGGAUUACACAGGGAGCCACCCGGACCCGGAGCUGGAAUUCGAUGAUCUGGAUUUGGACGAGUGUUCUCGAAACGGCUGCGGCGUCGGCGUCCGCUAUCCCAAGGAGGAGGACAAUGAGGCCCAGGAUGCUGACUACAUUCCCAGAGAGGAUGAAGAAGACCAUGAACCGUACGAAUAUGACUCUGAUUAUGAAUCCGCCGAUGACGCCAUGAACGUCGGGGAAGACGACGGAUGGAAUGACGGAGAUGGCGAGGAAGACAUCGAGAGCCAAUGGUAUCGCGACUGGCUCUUGUCGAGCGCAGUCCCGCAGGACUUAGUGCCCGGGGAGCCAGCCUGGACUCCUCCCCUUCAUAGAGAUCGCCCUAACGAAGUCGUUUUCCCGCUGACGUCGGGUCAGCUUCCAGAGGGAUACGGCCCAGAACAACUGGAACAUAUUGCCGGUCCGACCUGUACAGGAUCCAAUGCAUAUUCCGGGCAUGCAAUUUCGAUGGAGGCAAUGAGAGGCUGUCGAACUGCCCAGUUUCUGGUUCAUAAGCAAGCCUCUGAGGCAGACUGGCAGCCAGACGGUCUGGAUGAAGAUUGGGAGCUCUCCGGAGACUGGUUUCUCUCGGGUCUCUGUGAUGGAACAACGUCGCGCGACAUCGACUAUCAAACAGUGUAUCCUCCUCGGGGCGGGCUGGACCAGCUCGAAGCUGAUAAUAUGAAUUUUGAGCCAGAGUAUACGGACUCCGAUUCCAUCGGUAUGCCCUUCCAUCCAUGGUGCUUUGACAUUUUCUGCCGUCAGUCAAAGGUCCUCUUCAACCACGUCAACAUCUCCGGCCUGAUGACAUGGCGCAAUGCAGAAUUCUCCUACGAGGACUUUCAUGGGUUCCCCCGCACCCGGGACGUUCUCGAUGGGCGGGAACAGUGGUGGCGUCACAACCACGGUCACGAGUAUCUGGCAGCAAACCCGCUGUAUGUGCCCAAUUUGGAGCGUCUUCUUUUCGCCGCUGUCAACCUAGAGGACGGCGACUUCACUCCAGACACCGGUGCAUUCGAUCUGUCCCGCCGCAUUUGGCCAACGGAGACUCCCUCUCAAGCACGUCCGGCCGAUCCACUGGCAUCCCUCCCCCUGGAACUACGACUCCUCAUUGUCGGCUUUCUCGGCUCGCGGGAUAUUGCAAACCUCAGGCUUGCUUCCCGCGCCUUUGAACAGCUCCCCGUCAGUCUUUGGUACCGUCUAGUUCGCGAUGAGAUGCCCUGGCUUUGGGAGGCGUGGGAUGAGACCGAAUGUAUCCACGUCCCUUCCAUCUGGACCUCAGUGACCGGGACAGACGUCCAAAUGUUCUUCACCCGAAGGCAGCGAUACGCCAGUGCACUAAGUGAUAUGUGUAAAGAGAUCAAUGUUGAAGACGCCGUCGAUUCCCUGCUACCGAUGCCAAUGACAGCACCGCGUCAACUCCGAUUGCCCAGGGAACAGACUAAUUGGUAUCAAGUCUAUACCCAAAUCAAGCGCCACUGGGGCCAGCUGAAGGGUUUGCAGAAUCGACAGCGCAUUUGGCGGGAUGUGGAGGGAAUCAUGACGCUGAUUCAGAAAUAUACGUGCUCUAUAGACUAA